AUGAGCAAAGUGCUUACAACUGCAUCAAAAUGUGUGCCAAAUUUGAUUACUCUUUCAUCGAAGACAUCAACAAUAAAUGCUCGCUCUUCAUCACCUAGUCACCGAUCAUAUUCAAUUCAGCACACACGUUAUCCGUCAUCGUUGAGUAAUAAUAUUCGUCUACGUCAACCAACACAAAUCUCAUCGAUAAAUCAAAGUCGAUUACUUCAACUGAAUAAUUUGAUUUAUUAUGAUCCACUUUUUACACUUAAACGAGGAAAUGCAUCACAACCGAAAGGAUUUCUUGGUUCAUUAAUGGAUAAUAUAAAAGAAGAAUUUACUAAAAAUAAAGAAAUCAAAGAUAAUAUAAAAAAGUUUCGAGAUCAAGCUAAAAAACUUGAAGAUAGUGAUGCACUAAAAGAAGCUCGAGACAAAUAUAAAUCAUUAGAACGUGAAACAAUGAAAAGUUCAGCGGUGCUUCGUGAAAAACUUGGUGAAAUUGGUGACAAGGUCAAAGAAAGUGAUGUCAUUAAAAAAGCAUCAGAUUUAGGCUAUGAAUUAGGUAAACAAGCACAAAAAGCGGCAGAAAAAAUCUCCGAAAGAACUGAACAAAUAACUGAUACAACCGCUUAUAAAAAAGUUUCUGAACGUUUAACUACAAUUAAAGAGGAAGUUGGCGAUGCAACAAAAUUAACAAGACCAUUAGGUUAUCAACCACCAACAACUUUACGAAAACGCAGUGAUACUGAUUCAGUUAAGAAAGAAAAAGUCUUUCAUGCGGAUACAGAAACACAAACUAUUACUGUUCACAAAGAUUCACAAUGGUAUCAAAGUUGGCAAAAUUUUAAAGAGAAUAAUACAUAUUUAAAUAAACUAUUCGAUCUUAAAUCAAAAUAUGAUGAAAGCGAUAAUUUAGUAGUACGUGUUGCAAGAACAUUUACAGAUAAAGUGUCAGGAGCAUUGUCAUCAAUAUUUAGUCAAUCGGAAACAAGUGAGGCUUUAACAGAAAUAUGCCGUGUUGAUCCAGCAUUUGAUGUUGCACAAUUUAUUCGUGUUGUUCAAUACGAUAUUAUUCCGAAUAUAUUCGAAUCUUUAGCACGCAGUGAAUUAGAAAUUUUACGAGAUUGGUGUACUGAAGCUGUUUACAAUGUGCUCAUUCAUCCGAUAAAUACAUCAAAAGCAAUGAAUUAUAAAUAUCAUUUGAAAAUUAUUGACCUUAGUGAUGUUGAGCUUGUUGCCGCUAAAACUAUGGAAAUGGGACCUGUUCUUGUAGUCAAUUUUCAAGCUCAACAAAUUGCUUAUAUUUCAGAUGCAAAUGGAAAAGUUACAGAAGGAGAUCCGGAACAAAUCAAUCGAAUCAAUUAUAUCUUUGCACUUGGUCGAGACCCAACUAUUCUUGAUCCUCUAUCAGCUUGGCGUCUAGUUGACUUGAGUGCUUCAAAAGUCAAUCAUUUUGUUUGA